UAGUUUGCCGUCGGCAUGUGGCGGAGUGUUGCGCGCAGUCUGUUGUGGCGGCGGCAGCAGCAGCGGAGGUGGAGGCCGCGCGCCUCGUCUUCCUCGCCGCUCGCCGUUGCCCUCGCGCCGGGGCGGUGGGAGGCAACGGCGCCUCGGCGCUCCUCCAGCAGCCAGGCUGGCUUGCGCGAGCUGUUCGAGCUGCCGGCGCUGCAGCGCUUUCUGGAGCGGCAGCAGCAGGAGCCGGGGAUGCUUCAAGGGGCUUCCUGGCCGGACUUGGCAGCGCGGAUUCGCCUCCUGCGGGAGAAGGAGCAGCAACUGCGCGACACGGAGCGCCUGGCGCAGGAAGAUGAACAUGAAGAUUUGCGGAAGCUGGCGGAAAAAGAAGCUGUUUCCUGUCAGGAAGAGAUAGCAGAAUUGAAACACCAGAUUGUAUUGCUUUUGAUUCCUUCAGAAGAAACAGAUAGAAGUGAUCUCAUCAUGGAAGUGACUGCUGGAGUUGGAGGGCAGGAAGCAAUGCUGUUCACAGCAGAGAUGUUUGAUAUGUAUCAACAGUAUGCUGCAUAUAAAAAGUGGAAUUUUGAAGUUCUGGAAUAUGCUUCCAGUGACAUAGGUGGUUUGAGACACGCAUCUGCUGUUAUAGGAGGCCUCGACACGUAUAAACAGAUGAAGUUUGAAGGGGGCGUACAUCGUGUCCAGAGAGUGCCUAAGACAGAAAAGCAAGGACGCAUUCACACCAGCACAAUGACUGUAGCAAUUUUACCACAACCAGAUGAGAUAAAUUUGACAAUUAAUCCUAAAGACUUGCGUAUUGAAACUAAACGAGCCAGUGGAGCUGGUGGUCAGCAUGUAAAUAAAACUGAUAGCGCUGUACGAAUAGUCCAUAUUCCCACAGGUGUUGUGUCUGAGUGUCAGCAGGAAAGAUCUCAAAUAAAAAAUAAAGAAAAGGCUAUGAAGAUCCUUCGUGCCAAGCUAUACAGUAUCAAACUUGAAGAAGAGACCAGAAAAACAGAAAUUGCUAGAAAGAUUCAGACUGGGUCCAGAGGAAGGUCGGAGAAAAUAAGGACCUACAACUUUCCCCAGGAUCGUGUUACUGAUCACAGAAUAAGCAGAUCAGUGCAUGACAUUGAAAGGUUCAUGUUGGGGGAGGAGCUGCUAGAUGACAUGAUAAAGUCCCUAAGAGAAUAUGCUGAUUAUGAGACUGUAUUGGACGUUAUUUCUGAAAGUGAUCCAACCAGGCUGAGAUGAUCUGCCCCACAGGAGAAUCUCAACAAAUAUGCUGCAUAUUUACAGUGUGAUCCUAAACACGAUUAUCCAAAGGCAAGUCUCUGAAUUCAAUAAAACAUUUCUUUCUUGCAACUGUGUUUAAGAUCAGUUUUAGGAUCAGUCCUAUUCACAUUUACCUGGGAGUAAGUCUUAUGGCACUCAAUGGGACUUAUGCAUAGGACACUUCUCUCUGCACAAGUACCCUAUAUAUGCUGUUUUAUGUUUAGACAUAGAGGGGAAAUAAUGUAUUCUUUAGGUACUAAAAUUUGUGGCAGAAAGAUCCAUACUAUCUAUUAUACCCUAUUCCAGUGUAGCAGAUAGCCUUAUCUAAGGGCCAGUAUUUCUUGCUAACCCUGUUUUUUUAAAAAAACAACAACAAAGCAUUACAUUGAUUUUUAUUCAACACUGAUAGCUUUGUAACUAGAGGCAAAGGUAAUGUGUUGGUGUUUGCUAUUUAUAUGUAAAGAUUUGCAUAAACACUUCAGAGGCAUGAA